ACAAGCUCUCUGGCAGAAGUUCACUCUUAACACAAUAGCAACACAAAGAGAGAAGUAUCACCAUCGAGCACUGGAAGCACCUGAAGACACAGCAAGAGUUUAGUUGGUAGAGUUUUUUUUUUCUAAACUGCAAGCAGUAAAGACUCCAGAGAUCAGGGUUGUGCACAGCAUGGUGGCCUACACAACAGCACCAGGUGAUGCGGAGAUGGGUCUUGAGGAGAGGACAGUGGUUUUGGUGGAAAAGAAGUCCACCUUAGGGCGGAUAUGGAAGGUGUCCAUGGCCCUUCUCAUUGUGGCCCUUUGUUUAGGAGGCGUUCUACUGUAUGCUUGGUACUGGAGUGGAAAGCCAGAAUUGAUGACACAAUCAGGUCAAACAGAAGCGCUGAUCAACAAGGUCACUGCUGAGACAACAGAUCCCCACUCCACACUGAGGCGAAUCAGCAGCAAAGCCAAGGCAGCCAUCCAUUUAGAAGGUAGCUACGAAGAAGACGACGAGACUUCGCAAAACCAGCUGGAGUGGACAAGCGGUCAAGGCCAGGCAUUUGCUCAGGGUGGCUUCCAGCUGGAGAACAACCAGAUCAUUAUCCCUCAAACCGGCCUCUACUUCGUCUACAGCCAGGCGUCGUUCAGAGUCUCCUGCAGCGAUGGCGACGACGAGGACGGAGCGGGAAAACGCCACACACCUCUCAGCCACAGGAUCUGGCGCUACUCAGACUCCCUGGGCACCAAAGCAUCUCUGAUGAGCGCGGUGAGGUCGGCGUGCCAAAACACCGCUCAGGAGGACAGCUACACAGACGGGCAGGGCUGGUACAACGCCAUUUAUCUGGGCGCUGUGUUUCAGCUGAACAAAGGAGACAAACUGUGGACGGAAACCAACCAGCUAUCAGAGCUGGAGACCGACGAGGGCAGGACUUUCUUUGGUGUGUUUGCACUAUGAAAUGACUCCUUGCUGAGAUAGUAGAGACGAUACAAAGCUCUGCAAAGUGCCAUUUUUUUACGUUAUGUUUUUAUUUUAUUAUUAUUCAUCUUCAUGGUGAUGUAGAACUGUUUAAAUCUCAAUGGAGAUAAAGCUUGUACCUGAAAAAAAAUCCUAUAAACUGUAACAGUUUACAAAUUUUUUUUUCUAUUUUAAGGCACUUUUUUUAUUACAUUAUUUAUGCUGACCUGAGAUUGUAGUAUGGCUAGACUUUCUCUGCUGUAUCGGAUACAGACAAAGCUCUUCACUGGAGAGUUUAGUUCAAGGAUAAUGUACAGAAAUCUCAUCACAACUUGUAUGUAUGUAUUUAUUUGUAUUUAUUUAUAUUUAAAUCAUUGGGAUUAGGUGUUAUAUUUAUAUACUUUAU